CGGCUAUUUACGAUUUUUUAAGCCGAAAAUAAACAAACAAUUUGUUCAGAUGUUUUCAAAUUUUAAUUAUUUCCUCCUGAAACAGUCUUAUGAUGUAUUUUAAGACAAAAAUGGAUAUUUUAUGAGUUAUGAAAAGUAUUUCUGGUUCAUUUCAUUUGUUUUCGGCUUGUAAAGAUUGAAAAUUUGAGGAUAAAAUGUGUUGAAAAACGAGAAGUUGUCAAAAAACUAAGGACGCCAUGUGUAGUUAGAAACUGAAGAUGAGUCGAAAAUCAAGUUCAACGAGUUUCACAUCUUUAUCUUCUACAGACGAUCCUUUAAUGCGUGAUUGUCAUGAACUUAGACAAAGAUUAUGGCAAACUGAACAGUCAAUACAAAAUUUAAGCCCUCCAAUAAAAUGUAAAAGUUUUCCAGACGUAAACAGCCCAAGAAAGUCAGGCUCUAAUGGAAAUGCCCACUUAUUGGGUAAUUCAAAUACACGCACAUCAAGACCUACAUCUACUUCUUCUGAUCAGCUUCCAUUAUUGACAUUGGCUGAUCUUAGUCCUUCAUUAUCAGAUCUUCCUAAAGAGUCUGCAAGUUUUCCUUACAAUUUACCAAGUACCAUUGAAUCAUCUAGUACUGGCGAUUCAAACACGAUUUCCCAACAUGUCAAGCACAAUGGACUUGUGAAACUCAGCAUGAGGUAUUCCAAUGAAGACAGUUACGAACACAUUAGUGAGAGUAUGUGGUCAAAAUCACAAAUUCUUCGUGAUAAAAACACAGCCUUAGUAAGCCAAAAUCACAAAUUAAUGAGUGAACUUGAGGUUAUGGGAUUAACAUUUCAACAAGAAUGUAACAAGGUAAAAAUUCUACAAAUAGAUUUAGCAAGAGAAAAAGAGGGAGUACAGGAGUGCGAGGAUCGAAUUGUAUGUUUAGAAAAAGAGAUUUCAUCACAAGCUCAAGCCUUCAAACAUAUAGAGGAGAAACUUCUUCAGAAGAAUGAUGAGCUAGAAAAUCAAAUAAUUCAAUUCAAUAAAGUUCAGAAAACAUCUAAAGACUUUCAAAGAAAGUACAAUGAGGAACAAAUUCUAUGUAAACGCUUGCAAUCAAAGUUAGAAGAAAGUUUAGAAAAGAUGGAACAAAUGACAAAUAAAAUGAAAGAAGAGAAAGAAAAGGAAAAACAGCAAACAAAACAAAGUUGUGAAGAGAUGGAACAAAUAAGUCAAGAGUUAAAUGAUCUAACGAAUGAAAAAAAUGAAUUAUUAGAACAGAACACGACACUUGAGGGACAGGUCAUAGAGCUUAAAGAAGAGAUAAGCUUGCUUCAGUCAGAAUGUGUUGCAAAUGCAGAGUACAAGAGCUCACUUGAGCAGGAUAAUGCGGACCUUCGACAAACCGUGACACGUCAAAGUCAGAAAGUCGGUCAGCUGCAGAGAAGAUCUGCCUUUGGAAAUGAUAGUGAUACAUCAAGAUUACAUGAGAUCAUCAGUAUGCAGCAUGAAAAGAUUGCAUAUUAUCAACAAGAGAUAGAAAGGAGUAAAAAGGAUAUGUUGAGACUAGAGGCAUUACUACAUCAAGUGGUGGAAAAGAAUAAUGAAAGAAAAAACCUCCAAGAUAUGUCUGAAGACAUGACAAAUGAAAGUAGAUCAAGCAAAGAUGCAGGUACAAUGACUGGCUUGAGAUUAGAAUUAUCCUUCAUUGCGGAGAGAAACAGAAUUAACGAUCGUAAACAACAACACUUAGAGGAAAUUAUCUCAGAGCUGGAAGAUCAGAUAGAAACAUAUUCUACAAAGUUGAUACAAAUGGAGGAGACAAACGGAGAAAAAGACAAGACAAUAAAGAGUUUAGAGACAAAACUUAAUGAUAAAAAUGUCGAUUUGAUUGAAAUAAAGACUGAAGUAGAUGAAACCAAAGAAAGAAACAGAGAAUUUGAGAAAGAGAUUCGAAAGAAGAAAUCAGAGAUUGAAAAUCUAGAAGGCGAAGUUGUAGAGAAAGUCCACGAACUUGGUACUUGUGCAGAAAGACUACACGAUCUAGAACAGAAAAUUGACGAGCAGCAAAACUACAUAGAAGAACUGGAGUUAUGCUUGAAAAGAAAGGAAGAAGAAUUGAAUGAACAAUAUGGUUUGUUAGAAAGAACAAGAAGCCUUCAUUCUGAGCAUUGUCGUGAACUGGAGCGGCAAAUUGAACAGUUGCAGAAAGAUUAUGAAAGUAAAAAUAACCAGGUUUCUCAUCUUGAUGCACUCUUGAAAGCUUCUCGUCAAGAUUUGGGGUUAAAAAGUUCACGUGUUAAUGAAAUGGAGCGUCUUUUGAACGAACGACAACGCGAAUUAAACGAUCAACAAGAACAAAGUCGAGAAUAUGAGGAAAGGUUGUUAAAAUUACAAGAACGGGUAAAAUUAGAAAAUGACCGAGGACUUAGUCUCGAUGAAGCAUUACUUGAAUGUCGACAAGAUUUAACAAAAUAUGUUGAAGAACAUGAAACAACAAAGAAAAGACACGAAGAAGAGAUAAAUGAUAAAUUGACUGAGAUUUCUGAUCUUGAAGAGAUAGUAAAAGAACGACAGAAGGUAUACAUGUUAAAAUGCAAGGAAAUCGAAGAGCUUGAGCGAACUUUAUCAGAACAAAACCAGGUUUUGAAGCAAAAUCAGCAAGAAAUAAACGAUCGAGAACAAAGUUUAGAAAGACUGAAGCAGGAAGCGAAUGUUUUAGAAUUGGAGUUGAGUCGAGAGAAAGAAAACAAUAAGGAAGAAACAAGAAAACUAAAAUUAUCAUUGGAAAAAGCCAAAAAUGAUUUAGAUGAACGAACAAACCAACUUAAUGAAAUGAAUAAUUCACUUGUUGAUGUGCACAAAGAUAUGAAACAAAGUUCAUCUCAUGUUGUUGAUCUAGAAAGAAUGUUACAACAAACUAAAGCUGUUUUAGAAAAGAAAUCCAACGAGGUUAAAGAGUUGUCUUCGAUUCUGAAGGAAAAAUCUGAGGCGCUUUGCAACAAAGAUGAAAACAUGAAAGAGUUAGAGGAUAUAAUCAUUGAAACAAAAAAAACUCUCGUCGAUUGUAAAGAAAGUUUCAACGACAUGAAAACUAGAUAUGAAGAAAAAGAAAGUCAGGUUUUAACAAUGGACAUGGAGUUGUGCAAAGCACAAAAUGAGUUAGUUGAGACUACGAAACAAUUGGAGAAAUUGAAGAUUGUUUUAGAAGAAAACAUGAAAGAGUUGAAACAAAAAGACAAACAGAUGGAUUUUAUAGAAGAAAAAUUGAAUAGAAGCGAAGAAUUACUGGAGAAAAAAGAGUUCGAAGUUACAGAGAAAAACGCAAAAGUUCAAGAAUUAGAUCAGACUGUCAGGGAAUGUCAAUGGGAACUGAAACAACGAGUAUCUGAGAUGAGUAAACUGGAUAUAUCGAUAAAGGAACAACAAAGUGAUAUGAAACAAAAGACGAAUAUUUUAGAACAAACAUUAAGUCAUUGUCAGUAUCAACUGAACGAGAAAACUCUAGAGUUGAAUGAACUUAGAGCAAAAUGUGCAAAGAGCGAGGAGCAAGUUCAACAGAAGACAGUUCGUCUGGAAUACAUGGAAAAUACGAUAAAACAACAACAAGAAGAACUAAGAAAGCGUCUUGAACAAGUCGCUGAGUUUGAAAAGGAGUUCACGAAAAUUAAAAUGGAGGCAGAUGAAAAAAGCGAGAUAACAAAGGAGCUUCGUUUGGCUAAGGAACAAACACAAACUAUGCAUGCUGAGCUUCUUGACGCUCGUCGUAAAUUGCUACGAUGUGAGCAGAAGGAACAUGAAUAUUUGGACGAACUCAAAGACGUUCAUGCUCUCAUAACAGCUAAGGAAACAGAUUGUGCGCGUCUUUCUAAAAACCUGGCUGCUAGUCAAGUUCGUGAAGCUCAAGCUGAAGCCAAAGGUAUCCAGGAAGCAAGACGAGUUGAGCAGGAAUUUUCCAUGAAAAUAAGCAACUUAGAGAGCGAGGUGGAGAAACUGCGUGGAAAUCACAGCAAAUUAUUUUCUCAGAAGGAAGAAGCGGAUGCAACGUAUCGAUUUAAUCUUCAGAAUUACAAAGAAAAAGAAAAAUCUUACGAAAACGAAGUGAAACAAUUGGAACAAGAAAUUAAGAAGUGUCAUGAUAAUAUAUUAAAUCUUCAAGACGAGAUUGAUCAACAAUAUGAUGAAGCUAAAGUAGCCCAUGAAACUAUUAUGAUAAAGGAAUCUGAGAUUACACGACUGAAGGCAAAAAUCUCAGGAUAUGAACGAGCUACAUUUGGUUCUAAACUUAAAUUCAUCGAGCACAACUCACGUCGUCCUCUUGAAUCUUAUUCCCCAAGCAUUCGCUCUCAACCUCCUAGUCCUGCACGACCUUCAAUUCAUUAUCGUACACCAGUAAAGAGAAGUAGUUCUGCGCAUGAUCUUCACAAUAUUUCCUACGGUUUAGUCUCGUUUCUUUCACCGUCACAACAUGACGUUGAUGACGUUGUUAACGAUCAAUUUGAAGCACAAUCCCAUCAUACAACAUCGUCAUCAAUUUUAAAUCAAAGCGACACUUUUGAAAGAUUAUUUGAACAAGCCUGUCACGAACUGAAGAGACAAGAAGGGACGGCUAACAUAGAAAGAAUAAAGCUCAUCAUGAAACAAAGGAUGUUUCCUCAGUUCCUCAAACAAAGCCUAAAUAUUUAGAAUAAACAUUUUUGCAACAUUAAGAUAAAGAAAGAAGACAAAUACAGAUAAUGAUUUUACUCAGAUACAACUAUGAUUGGCGAUAUCUUUCAGUUUAAAUAUUAGUCAGUAUAUCUCCCAUUAUUAUAUUUUAAAUAGAACCGCAACUUAGUGAAUCAUUUUUGUAAAAUAGCUGUAAUAUUUUUGUAAUCAGAUAAGUUAUUUGAUUUCUUAAAAAUCGUCAAAUUUU